GAAGGAACGCCGAGCGCGAGCUCCCGGGCUGACGUGCGGCCGCCGGGGAAGCGGCUCGAGCCGGGGGGGAGGGAGCCCGAGAGGAGGGCUCGCGCCCGCGCACAUUCCAUCAGCAGCCGGCGUUGGCGGAGUGGAGGGGCCUGGGCGGGCGGACCGACCCACCGACCCGCACCGACGCAGCAGCGCGCUAGGCCGAGGCCUGCAAGUGGAUGUACAGUGCGGUCCGCCAGCCGCAGCCACAGGCGCUUUGUUGUUCAUCCAAGGCCCAGCGCACAGCCACCCUGAGGUUGGGAGCAAGCUGUGCUGGAAGACUGUAGGCAUUUGCAGGACAUAAUUGUUUUAUUUUUCUCUCCGUUUGGAUUUUUUUUCUCCCUCACAUCUUCCUUUGUCUGACAUGUUCACUUUCCGGGAGUAAGUUAAUCCGUACAUGUUCAAUGACGACCGAACAUGGGGUCCGGUGUUUCCCGGCAAAAUUGGCGAUUUACAUUAGACGGUAAUGGUGGAAGUGACAUUACAAUACGGCCAUGGGUAUCGAUUAACAAGAUUGUCUUUUACAUCAACGUGUAUACUAAACGUGGGACACGCAUUUGGAGAAUACGCAGAAAUAUAAGAACCGGUGUGGGCCGAUCUGUUUUAUUUCGAAGCGGGAUCUUGGCAGUUUUCUAGCUUGUGAAGACUCAUUUGAUACUUUCCUUUUCGAACCUGCAAAUGGAGGGUCACGGUGAUGAGGACAGCGUCAGUAACAGUAGUGGAGACUCAAGCCAAUCUGACAAAGAGUCAGGCUCAAGUUCUGAGAGCAGCAGUGAUGGAAGCAGCAGCCAAUCUGAUAGCAAUGACUCCAGUGACUCUGACAGUGGUUCAGACUCUGCCAGCCAAUCUGAUUCUGAUUCAUCUGGUUCCGAAAGUAAUGCAUCAUCUAGAGGAAAGAGACCAAUUGAAAAUAAAGUCCUAAAAACGGAUGGAGCAGAGUUUUGGAAAUCAAAUCCAAGUAUUUUGGCUGUGCAGAGAUCUGGAAUGUUAAGAAAACAACAACUACAACAGCAGCAACUUUCUUCAAACAACAGUUCAGAGGAGGAUUCAUCAAGCAGUGAAGAUUCUGAUGAAGACUCAUCUUCAGAGGACACAGCUAGACAUGUGAAACGUAGAGAUGAAGACUGGCAGAUGUCUGGCUCCGGUUCUGAGGAGGAAGAUUUUCGAGAGAAGAGUACUUCAGGAGACAGUGAGUCUGACUACCAGCCCAACAACAAAGUAAAAAGCAGGAAGCCUCAGUGCAGGGCCAAAACGAAAAAGCUGAAGAAGGGGAAGGGACUGAAGAGACCAGUUGAAUCAUCAGAUGAAGAUGAUGAUGACGAUGAUGAGCAUAAGAGGAGUUCCCGUCGUCAGGCAACAGUAAAUGUCAGCUAUAAGGAAGAUGAAGAUGCUAAAACAGAUUCUGAUGAUUUGCUUGAAAUCUGUGGGGAGGAUCUCCCUCCUCCCCCAGAAGAAGAAGAAGAAUUUGAAACAUUAGAGAGGGUAAUGGAAUCGCGAACAGGAAGGAAAGGAGCAACUGGUGCAGCCACUACUACCUAUGCAGUAGAGGCUGAGGGUGACCCCAAUGGUGGUUUUGACCCAUUGAGGGAGGUUGGAGAGCAGCAGUAUCUAAUUAAGUGGAAGGGAUGGUCUCACCUUCACAACACCUGGGAAAGUGAAGAAACGCUUUUGCAACAGAAUACAAAAGGAAUGAAGAAAUUGGAGAACUAUAAGAAAAAGGAGGAGGAAACCAAGCGAUGGUUGAAAACAGCAUCCCCUGAAGAUAUUGAAUACUUGAACUGUCAACAGGAAUUGGUGGAUGAUUUGCAUAGGCAGUAUCAGUUGGUGGAACGAAUAAUUGCACACUCCAACCAGAAGUCUGCUUCCGGUCAUCCAGACUACUUGUGCAAAUGGCAAGGGCUACCCUACUCUGAGUGUAGCUGGGAAGAUGGUGCCCUUAUGUCCCGAAAGUUUCAGUCACACAUUGAUGCAUAUACUAACCGGAACCAAUCCAAAACCAUCCCUUUGAAGGAGUGUAAGGUCUUAAAGCAAAGACCCAGAUUUGUUGCACUGAAGAAACAGCCAGCCUACAUUGGUAGCUCUGAUGUAUUGGAGCUCAGAGACUAUCAGUUAGAUGGCUUAAAUUGGUUGGCACACUCCUGGUGCAAGAACAAUAGUGUUAUUCUUGCUGAUGAAAUGGGUCUGGGGAAAACUAUACAAACCAUCUCCUUCCUUAGUUAUAUAUUCCAUGACCAUCAGCUGUUUGGGCCUUUCCUUUUAGUAGUUCCGCUAUCAACGCUCACUUCUUGGCAACGUGAAAUUGAGAUGUGGGCACCUGAGAUGAACGUCGUUGUUUACUUAGGAGACAUUAGUAGCCGUAAUAUGAUAAGAACGUACGAAUGGAUGCAUCCUCAGACUAAGAGAUUGAAGUUCAAUAUCUUGCUGACAACAUAUGAGAUCCUGCUUAAAGACAAGUCAUUCCUUGGAAGUGUAAAUUGGGCUUUCAUCGGGGUAGACGAAGCUCAUCGUUUGAAGAAUGAUGAUUCUCUACUUUAUAAAACCAUGAUGGAUUUUAAGUCAAAUCACAGGCUGCUCAUAACAGGAACUCCACUCCAAAACUCGCUUAAAGAACUCUGGUCUCUCCUUCACUUCAUCAUGCCAGAAAAGUUUUCUUCCUGGGAAGUGUUUGAAGAGGAGCAUGGAAAAGGGAGAGAAGUUGGUUAUACAAGCCUUCACCGAGAACUGGAGCCAUUCUUGUUGCGGAGGGUGAAAAAGGACGUUGAGAAGUCUCUACCUGCUAAAGUUGAACAGAUCUUACGAGUGGAAAUGAGCGCAGUGCAAAAGCAAUAUUACAAGUGGAUUUUAACCAGGAAUUAUAAAGCCUUGAGCAAAGGGUGUAAAGGCAGUACAUCUGGGUUCCUGAAUAUCAUGAUGGAACUUAAAAAGUGUUGUAACCAUUGCUACCUCAUUAAAUUCCCAGAAGACAAUGAUUUGUAUAACAGACAGGAGGCCUUACAGCACAUGAUCCGUAGCAGUGGGAAACUGAUACUGUUGGACAAGUUGCUUUGUCGACUAAAAGAACGAGGCCACAGAGUUCUUAUCUUCUCUCAAAUGGUUCGAAUGCUGGACAUUCUAGCUGAAUAUCUGAAAUGUCGACAGUUUUGUUUCCAGCGACUAGAUGGAUCUAUUAAGGGAGAACUGAGGAAGCAGGCCCUGGACCAUUUCAAUGCAGAAACAUCAGAUGACUUCUGCUUUCUGCUGUCGACCAGAGCAGGAGGAUUAGGUAUAAACUUGGCAUCUGCUGACACUGUAGUUAUUUUUGAUUCGGACUGGAAUCCGCAGAAUGAUUUACAGGCACAAGCAAGAGCUCAUAGAAUUGGUCAGAAAAAGCAGGUUAAUAUUUAUCGGCUAGUUACAAAGGGAACAGUAGAGGAAGAGAUAAUUGAAAGAGCAAAGAAGAAGAUGGUGCUGGAUCACCUUGUUAUACAGAGAAUGGAUACAACGGGGAAGACUGUGCUGCACACUGGUUCCAAUCCUACAAAUUCAACUCCAUUUAAUAAAGAAGAACUGGCAGCUAUCUUGAAGUUUGGAGCCGAGGAGCUUUUCAAAGAACCAGAAGGAGAGGAGCAAGAACCACAGGAAAUGGAUAUUGAUGAAAUCCUUUGUCGUGCUGAAACCCAUGAGAAUGAACAGGGGCCUACCACUGUUGGGGAGGAGCUGCUAUCCCAGUUCAAGGUGGCAAACUUUUCAACAAUGGAUGACGACCUUGAGCCUCAGCGCAAUAACAGGGACUGGGAUGACAUCAUUCCAGAAGCACAGCGAAGAAGGAUGGAGGAAGAAGAAAGGCAGAAAGAACUUGAAGAGAUCUACUUGCUUCCUCGAAUGCGCAAUUGUGCCAAACAGAUAAGCUUUAAUGGAAGUGAAGGAAGGCGAAGAAGAAGACGGUCUUCAGAGUCUGACAGUGACUCAAUUUCUGAAGGGAAGCGACCUAAAAAACGUGGAAGACCUCGGACAAUUCCUCGUGAAAAUAUUAAAGGGUUUAGUGAUGCUGAGAUUCGAAGGUUUAUCAAGAGUUACAAGAAGUUUGGUGGACCUCUGGAUAGAUUGGAAGCAAUUGCUCGUGAUGCUGAACUGGUGGAUAAGUCAGAAGUCGACCUCAGGAGAUUGGGAGAGAUGGUGCAUAAUGGUUGCAUUAAGGCUCUACGAGAGUCCACUGGGCAGGAGAAAACGGCUGCCAGGCGUGGUAAGGUGAAAGGUCCUACGUUCCGCAUCUCAGGUGUUCAGGUGAAUGCUAAACUCGUCAUUGCACAUGAAGAGGAGCUUGCACCUUUGCACAAAUCUAUUCCACCAGAUCCAGAGGAUAGGAAGAAGUAUACCAUCCCAUGUCAUACUAAAGCUGCUCAUUUUGAUGUGGAGUGGAACAAAGAAGAUGACUCCAAUCUUUUAAUAGGCAUCUAUGAAUAUGGAUAUGGCAGCUGGGAGAUGAUUAAAAUGGACCCUGACCUCAAUUUAACGCACAAGAUUUUGCCUGAUGAUCCAGAUAAGAAGCCCCAGGCCAAACAAUUGCAGACCAGAGCUGACUACCUCAUCAAACUACUAAGUAAAGAUCUGGCCAGAAAGGAGGCACAAAGGCUUGCUGAGGCCAAUUCGAGAAAAAGAAAGCCAAGGAAUAAACGAAGCAAAGCAGUGAAAAUUGUGAAAGUAGAAGACAUCAAAAGCGAUUCAUCAUCACCGCCACCACCUUCAGUCAAAAGCUCAGAUGAGGAAGGAGAGAUCAAGGAUGAUACAGCAGGAACAAAGCCCUCAAAAAAGAAAUUGAGAAUAGAAAGAGAUGUUGAAGAGAAAGAACAGGAAAUUGUCGUCAAGAGAGAGUCUGAAGACAAAGAAAUCAAAAAAGAAAUAAAAGAAACCAGAAAAGAUAAAAAGGAAAAGGAAGAAAAGAAAGAAACAAAAGAAAAAGAUGCAAAGAAAGAAAUAAAAGAAAAGGAGGAUAAGGAUAAAGAACCUAUUUAUAAAGAUAAAGAAGUAAAAGAAGAGAAGGUAAUUGAAGCCAAGUCAGAGAUGAAGGAGAAGCCUAAAAAGACUGAUGUCUCAGUUCAUUAUCCAGCAAGCGGUGAUCCGGUUCCAAUCUCAGAAGAGACAGAAGAACUUGAUCAGAGUACAUUUAGUAUUUGUAAAGAGAGAAUGAGACCUGUAAAAGCAGCACUGAAACAGUUAGACAGACCUGAAAAGGGCCUUUCGGAAAAGGAGCAGCUGGAACACACCAGGCAGUGCCUGAUUAAAAUAGGAGACCACAUCACUGAAUGUUUGAAAGAAUAUUCGAACCCAGAACAAAUCAAACAGUGGAGAAAAAAUCUCUGGAUCUUUGUUUCAAAGUUCACAGAAUUUGAUGCAAGAAAGCUGCAUAAACUCUACAAGCAUGCAAUCAAGAAACGACUGGAGAAUUCUCGGCAUAACGAUCAGCACAGCAGUACUCUUGGUUCCCAGCAUGCCAAACUCUCAGAAUCUGAAAAACCCAAGGAGAAUUCACACAAUGAUGACAGCAGUAGGGAUAGUCAUUCAUCUGAAAGACACCAUUCAUCUCAUUAUCACGAUCAUCAUCGAGAUCGUCACCAUGGUGAUUCCUACCGAAAAAGUGAUUCCUCAAGAAAGAGACUGUAUUCGUCAUUUAGCAAUGGCAAAGACCACCGGGACAGAGACCAUUACCGAACAGACAGCAGGUAUCACAGUGAAAGUAAGCAUAGAAAACUUGAUGAACACAGAAGUCGGGAUCACCGAUCUGGUCCAGACACCAGCUCAAAGGAGAGUCGCUCACAUGCUGACCAUAGAUCUCACUCAGAUCACCGUUCGAGUUCAGAGCAUCGAUCUCAUUCGGAUCACAGAUCCAGUUCAGAAUACUCAGGCCAUCACAAAUCCUCCCGGGAUUACAGGUACCACUCAGACUGGCCAGUGGACCACAGACCAUCGAGUAGUGGUCCAAGAUCUCCCUUGGAUCAGAGAUCUCCAUAUGACUCUAGAUCACCAUUGGAACAUAGAUCUCCCCUCGAAUAUUCCUCUGAUCACAAAAGUACCCCAGAGCACAUCUGGAACAGCCGUAAAACAUAACAGCACGAGACUUCGUGUCUUUGCCCAAUGCAGCCAUAAAAAAGUGAACACAAUAAAUGCCUUAUGUGACUUAUAGCAGAUAAGAGCUGCUUCUCGAGCAGUAAUAUUGUUACUCCUCCUUACAGGUUGCAAGGUUGUUAUCUCAAGAAGAAAAUAUUUUUGUAUUGAGGUUAAUGCUGCACUGUGCUACAACUUUGUGGCAUGUUUUGUUCCUGUUUUUUUAAUUCAAAGGUGGACAUGUUUACUACUGCAUAUAUUGGAACACUGCCCCGAACACACUGGAUCAUAGAAUUAAUUCUCCUCAGACAUAGAGGGUUUCAACCUCAUCAACCAGAAUUAUGUGUUGAAGAACAAAUUUAAAUCCAUGCAAGUACACAAGAUUAUGCAGGAAUUUAGGAGCGGAGUAAAAAUUUAGACUGUUCAGAAGGCAGAGGACUCUAGUACACCUCCCAAAGUUAUUUGUAUUGAGUCUGUUUACAUUUUACACUGCGACCACAUUGCCCAGUUCUUGGCAAGCUUGAAUAUUUAAAUUCUGUACUUACAACUGUAAAAUAUUUUGUUGAUCAAUUGUAAUGCCUUUGAAAAUAUACUACUGUAAAUUAUUGUAAAUUUAGUGGAUCGAAUCUGAGCUUUUUUUCUUCUCAGGCUUUUUUUGACUACUUUCCUUUCCCCACCAGCUCAGGCCUUCACAUCAUGAGUAUAAAAUCCGUGUACUACAGUUUUUAAUGAAUUGUCAUUGAAAUCACUGUUUAGAAUGUAAAAUGGGAAAGGGAAGAUCAAUUCCAUUAUAUCUAGUCCUGUAGUACUUUUUUAUUGAUAACUUGUAUUAGAAAUGUGUUUAUUUACUUUAAACUCAGUGUUGUGAUUGCUGUAGUAACUAAAUAGGAGAAAUUCCUUAAAAUUCAGAUGUCAAAUUAUAGUUUGAGAUACAUUUUAUAAACAGAUCUACUUCUCCCCCUCCCCACCUUAAGAUUCCAUUUACAGCAAGAACAAUAAAAUGAGGUGAAUUUGAUAUAUCAUCUUCCCUAUUCUUUUCCCUACUAAAACAGGCAAUAAUAUGAAACGUGCUAUGCAGUCAGAUGAAUUUCCAACGCAUUGGUGAACUGGGGAAACUAUAUGGUGUUAUAAUGCACACCGAUGUAAAUAUCUGCUAUAUAUUACAAAGUAAAUUUACAGAGAAUGAUGUGUGAAUUCCUGACAUCUUUUUCACCCUGGAAGAAAAAUGUCAGAUUUGUACAAAUCAACACAUUCAUUAUCAGUAUCUCUUCCCAUCCCCUUUAUUUCUCCAGAAAGUAUCACAGACUUUUUAAUAAAGUAAUUUUGUAACUCUCCCUUGCAAAUGUGUGCUUUAACUUUGGUCAAAAACAAAAAUUGCAACUGUGCCAAGUAAUAAUGGGAUAGACAUUAUAGCUGUGAAUAAAUUACACAGUGAACUAAUUUAGAGAUGUAAAUAUAGUUUGUAUGUGCAAAUACUGGAAAAAAAAUCUAAUCUAUGCUAUUCGCUUUCAUGUUUCCCAGCCCCUAAGAAUGAUGAUAGAUUGAAAAAUGGGCAACAUCUAUUUGCCAUAACAAGGUAUAUGUUAUACUUUGGGUAGUGCUGCGGUUAGCGUGACGCUAUUACAGCUCAGGGCAUCGGAGUUCAGUUCCGAUGUCAUAUGUAAGGAGUCUGUACAUACUCCCCAUGGACUCUGGGUUUUCUCCAGGUACCGGGUUAGUAGGUUAAUUGGUCAUUGUAAAUUGUCCUGUGAUUAAGAUAGGGUUAAAUCUGGAAUUGCUGGGUGGUGCGGCUGGAAGGCCCUAUUCCGCACUGUAUUUCUAAAUUAAAUAAAUAAAUAUUUUUGCAGUUCCACAAAAUACUGUGUGUCAUUAACAGACUGGAUGAAUUAUAUCCUGUUGUUAUACUUAUAAAAGAAUAAAGGACAGGAAAGCUGUGCUUCAGAGCUCAGAUGAAGAAUUGACUGUUAAAAAUCAAUUUUUUUUCCAUCUCCUCCUGGAGUGUUCUUUGAAAUGAUCUUGGGAAUACCACAGCGAUUCUAUUAAUUCUACUUGUGAUAUGAACCAAUGGAUAAACCAUACAGUAAAGCUAUUGAUAUAUUUAUGAAAAACACCAGUUUUAUUGACCUAUUUUAAUAAUUAUGUUAAGGUAAAUAUUGCAGCUUUUGGAUCUUUUAAGUAAUGUAGAUCAGUCAUGUUUAUGAAAGAAAAUCUUUAAUUGGAUGAAUUAAUUGGAUUAACCAGAUGAAUAUAAAAUUGAAUAUGCUAAAUUUAUAUAAAAAUUCUUUGAACAAAAUAUUCUGUGAAAAGCCAGUAUACUUUUGUAGUAAUAAGACUGUCAUCAAUUGUGUUUAUUUACUGUAAAGUAUCAUUUUCAUCAAUUCUUCCUAUAACAGAGGCUGAAUUGUUUGAUUAUCAGAGGAAAUACUGGUAGAACUUCCAAGCCAUUAGAAGGAUCUUUUCUUAAAAACCCAAAUUAUGUACACACACCAACAGGAGAAUAUGAAACUUGACUCAAGUGAUCACCCUACCCAUCACCGAAUCAAGUGUGUAUUGUUACUUUUGAGGGGCAACUAAUGCUUAAUGGGGCUCUACUUUUUGGUAAUAGUGCUGUUAUCAGGCUGAAUUAGAAACUAAUCAUACUGCAAACCAAGCAUUGAUUUUUUUUUAUUAGCAAGCUUGUUAGCAUUUUGCAGAAUGUGAUUUUAAGUUAUGAGGUUGAUGGGAGAACUGAAAUGCACUUUUUAAAAUUAAAAGUUUGUAAUACUUUUGAUUGAGGUAAUAAUGCAAAAUGGGUUUUUAAGUUGAGGAUUAUUUAAAGCUUUGUCCACCAUUAAUCUCAGUUAUACCACAUCUGCUUUUUAGUGUGUUUUUUUUAUAUGGCACGAAUUGUUCUGGUAAUUGAAGUCCUCAUCAAGCUGCUGAUUAGAUUGCUGAAGACUACUGUGUUAAGGUAGUGAUUCAGUGACAGCAGUUUACUGAAGAUGGAUGUAGUCCGGUCAUUGCUGAAAGUUUUCUCCACUAUAACUCUGAGUGGCUAACCUUCUGUUAUUUUCACUGCAAAUUAUUGGGCAAUGUGAACCUUGCUGUAGCUUUUCUCCAACUAUAUGCUGCAAUGUUCAUUCUUAACAAUUUCAAACUUGCUCUGAUACCUCAUGAUUUUUUAAAAAGUGGCAAAUAACAACACACACAAAAUGCUCAGCAUGUCAGGCAGCAUCUGUGAAGGGUCAAGACCCUUCAUCAGAACUGCCAAAUAAACUGAUGAAUGGUAAGACAUCAAGGAAUUGGCAUGUUCAAGUAUUUGCUGGCUUAAGCAGGGUGUGUUUUUUAGUGUCCUAAGCUCAAUAUAUAGCACAUAAUAUUGAAUUCACAUGUUUAUAUAUUUUUUUAAAAUCUGGAUUAUUUUCCCCAAAUUUUGCAUUUAGGGUAUUUUCCGCCAUGUUAAACAGCAUCCAAGGUAAAUACAAUGAUAUCAAUGUCCAAGUAAGUGACUCCAUGUUUUCACAUCAUUCAUCUAUCUAUACUUUAAUUCAGCAGAGGAACAUUAGUUCCGAACUGAGAUGAGGAAUUUCUUUAGCCAGAGGGUGGUGGAUCUGUAGAAUUUGUUGCCACAGCUGAGUAUGGAGGCCAAGUCUAUGUAUAUUUAAGGUAGAGCUUGAUAGAUUCUUGAUUGGUCAGGGCAUGAAGGGUUACGGGGAGAAGGCAAGAAAUUGCGGCUAAGAGGGAAAAUGGAUCAGCCAUGAUAUGGUGGGGCAGACUUGAUGGGCUAAAUGUUCUAAUUCUACUCCUUAUCAAAAAGACCAACAUAAGCUUUCAGAAAUUAAAAUUCUUGUCAUAAAAUGAAUUUGUCAAUCACCUAUAAUAAAUGCAGUAACAUGUUCUACAGGGUGUUUGUCAGUGAUUCAUUUGCAUGAGAUUAGUCUCAGGCAAUUUUUAAACAAAUAUUUUAAUGUUGGAAGUAAUCUGCAGUGGAUGUGUUUAUACCUGCUAUCAUUAUUUCUGCCUAUAAACUCUUCUUAUCACCCUCUAAUUGGGUUCGUUUUUCUUUAAUGCUUUACUCAACAGCUAAUAUCUGCAGUGAGAUAUUACAAGUGAAUUGUUGGACAAAUAAGCACCAAUCAUUUGGUUGAGAGAAUUAAAUAAAUAAAGGCAUCCAUUAGUCUUGCGAGACCAUGGAUCUGCGCCUGGAAAGUCUUCACUCUCCAGGGCACAGGCCUGGGCAAG